AUGACUGAGGACGAGUUUUUUAUAUCUGCGAUAAGCAAUGAGCCAGAAUUUCGUGGGCAGACUCUCAUUCUCCCAGCAAUAAGUAUUGGAUCAGUACCGCAACUUGCUCUGGAUUUACUAAUACAUGCACCGACACUCGCAUGCAGACGUGUUGGAUACUUAGACGGAAGUCAGUGCGUUCCAUUUAUUUCGCCGCCCGAACCAUCCUUGCCGGCGCAUGAAGUUUUCACUGCAUUAGAUGUCUACGAAUCUUCCAAAGGUUUAACGCUUGUUCAGCAGCGGAGUCCUGUGAUUAAGGCAUCACGAGCUUUGUUUACGAGACGGCUGAUGCAUUGGAUUCAAGAGGCUGGUUUUUCCGACGUGCUAAUCAUUUCAAGCAUGGAUGCGGCAAUGCGAGUGGAUACUGAAUUUUCAACACCUAUUCUGUAUAAGCGCCCAAGUGAGGCUCAAAUAACGCAUUUGUCCAGUGCUAUUUCACAACUGUACCCUCCUUUCCAACCACCUGCUUACAAUGGCCCAGGUAUCCCACCCAUGCCAGGUAGCGGUAUCACGCGCAUGUAUCUAGAACAUGCUCCAAAAUGUACAACAGCCCUGAUUAUGUUUUGUUCUGAAGGGGAUAACCGUGAGGAUGCUCACGAGCUGGUUCGUCAUAUUUCAGCUAUUUGUCACCUGGGAUUGCAGAGGUGUACCGAACCACCCAGCUGGACGUUUAUGUAUGGUUCUGCUCCUGCAGACCUUUUGUAUGGCUAG